AUGCAAGCUGUUAAAACAGAAAACAAACCUGUGGAUGUAGAGAGUCCCAAUGACGUAGUCGAGGUCAGACCUGUAGUUUUCAUUUCUGUCGUUGCACUGCUUGGAGACGAGGAGGAAACGCCUGUGCUUGUAGGCUGUGCAGUGGAAGAAGUGACUGAGGUUGCUGUUCCUGAUGCAGAAGUUCCACUUGACGUAGAAGCGCCUGUGCUUGUAGGCUGUGCAGUGGAAGAAGUGACUGAGGUUGCUGUUCCUGAUGCAGAAGUUCCACUUGACGUAGAAGCGCCUGUGCUUGUAGGCUGUGGAGUGGAGGAAAUGACUGAGGUUGCUGUUCCUGAUGCAGAAGUUCCACUUGACGUAGAAGCGCCUGUGCUUGUAGGCUGUGCAGUGGAGGAAGUGACUGAGGUUGCUGUUGCUGAUGUCGAAGCUAAUGCAGAAGUUCCACUUGAUGUAGAAGCGCCUGUGCUUGUAGGCUGUGCAGUGGAAGAAGUGACUGAGGUUGCUGUUCCCGAUGCAGAAGUUCCACUUGACGUAGAAGCGCCUGUGCUUGUAGGCUGUGCAGUGGAGGAAGUGACUGAGGUUGCUGUUCCUGAUGCAGAAGUUCCACUUGACGUAGAAGCGCCUGUGCUUGUAGGCUGUGCAGUGGAGGAAGUGACUGAGGAUGCUGUUGCCGAUGCAGAAAGCUGUGCAGUGGAGGAAGUGACUGAGGUUGCUGUUCCCGAUGCAGAAGUUCCACUUGACGUAGAAGCGCCUGUGCUUGUAGGCUGGGGUGCAGUGGAGGAAGUGACUGAGGUUGCUGUUGCUGAUGUCGAAGCUAAUGUAGAAGUUCCACUUGACGUAGAAGCGCCUGUGCUUGUAGGCUGUGCAGUGGAGGAAGUGACUGAGGUUGCUGUUCCCGAUGCAGAAGUUCCACUUGACGUAGAAGCGCCUGUGCUUGUAGGCUGUGCAGUGGAGGAAGUGACUGAGGUUGCUGUUCCCGAUGCAGAAGUUCCACUUGACGUAGAAGCGCCUGUGCUUGCUGUGCAGUGGAGAAGUACUGAGGUGCUGUUCCCGAUGAACAAACUUGACGUAGAAGCGCCUGUGCUUGUAGGCUGUGCAGUGGAGGAAGUGACUGAGGUUGCUGUUCCCGAUGCAGAAGUUCCACUUGACGUAGAAGCGCCUGUGCUUGUAGGCUGCUGUGCAGUGGAGGAAGUGACUGAGGUUGCUGUUCCCGAUGCAGAAGUUCCACUUGACGUAGAAGCGCCUGUGCUUGUAGGCUGUGCAGUGGAGGAAGUGACUGAGGUUGCUGUUGCUGAUGUCGAAAUUCCACUUGACGUAGAAGCGCCUGUGCUUGUAGGCUGCUGUGCAGUGGAGGAAGUGACUGAGGUUGCUGUUCCCGAUGCAGAAGUUCCACUUGACGUAGAAGCGCCUGUGCUUGUAGGCUGUGCAGUGGAGGAAGUGACUGAGGUUGCUGUUCCUGAUGACGAAGCUAAUGAGAAGUUCCACUUGACGCUGUGCAGUGGAGGAAGUGACGGUUCUGAUGUCGAAGCUAAUGUUGACGUAGAAGCCCUCUGGCUUGCGUGGGGAGUACUAGGUUGCUGUUCCCGAUCAGAAGUUCCACUUGACGUAGAAGCGCCUGUGCUUGUAGGCUGUGCAGUGGAGGAAGUGACUGAGGUUGCUGUUCCCGAACUGAGAAUGGAGGAAGUGACUGAGGUUGCUGUUCCCGAUGCAGAAGUUCCACUUGACGUAGAAGCGCCUGUGCUUGUAGGCUGUGCAGUGGAGGAAGUGACUGAGGUUGCUGUUGCUGAUGUCGAAGCUAAUGUAGAAGUUCCACUUGAUGUAGAAGCGCCUGUGCUUGUAGGCUGUGCAGUGGAGGAAGUGACUAAGGUUGCUGUUCCCGAUGCAGAAGUUCCACUUGACGUAGAAGCGCCUGUGCUUGUAGGCUGUGCAGUGGAGGAAGUGACUGAGGUUGCUGUUCCUGAUGCAGAAGUUCCACUUGACGUAGAAGCGCCUGUGCUUGUAGGCUGUGCAGUGGAGGAAGUGACUGAGGUUGCUGUUGCUGAUGUCGAAGCUAAUGUAGAAGUUCCACUUGAUGUAGAAGAGCCCGUGCUUGUAGGCUGUGCAGUGGAGGAAGUGACUGAGGAUGCUGUUCCCGAUGCAGAAGUUCCACUUGACGUAGAAGCGCCUGUGCUUGUAGGCUGUGCAGUGGAGGAAGUGACUGAGGUUGCUGUUCCCGAUGCAGAAGUUCCACUUGACGUAGAAGCGCCUGUGCUUGUAGGCUGUGCAGUGGAGGAAGUGACUGAGGUUGCUGUUCCCGAUGCAGAAGUUCCACUUGACGUAGAAGCGCCUGUGCUUGUAGGCUGUGCAGUGGAAGAAGUGACUGAGGUUGCUGUUCCCGAUGCAGAAGUUCCACUUGACGUAGAAGCGCCUGUGCUUGUAGGCUGUGCAGUGGAGGAAGUGACUGAGGUUGCUGUUCCUGAUGCAGAAGUUCCACUUGACGUAGAAGCGCCUGUGCUUGUAGGCUGUGCAGUGGAGGAAGUGACUGAGAAGAAAGUUCCACUUGACGUAGAAGCGCCUGUGCUUGUAGGCUGUGCAGUGGAGGAAGUGACUGAGGUUGCUGUUGCUGAUGUCGAAGCUAAUGUAGAAGUUCCACUUGACGUAGAAGCGCCUGUGCUUGUAGGCUGUGCAGUGGAGGAAGUGACUGAGGAUGCUGUUGCUGAUGUCGAAGCUAAUGUAGAAGUUCCACUUGACGUAGAAGCGCCUGUGCUUGUAGGCUGUGCAGUGGAGGAAGUGACUGAGGUUGCUGUUCCCGAUGCAGAAGUUCCACUUGACGUAGAAGCGCCUGUGCUUGUAGGCUGUGCAGUGGAGGAAGUGACUGAGGUUGCUGUUGCUGAUGUCGAAGCUAAUGUAGAAGUUCCACUUGACGUAGAAGCGCCUGUGCUUGUAGGCUGUGCAGUGGAGGAAGUGACUGAGGUUGCUGUUCCCGAUGCAGAAGUUCCACUUGACGUAGAAGCGCCUGUGCUUGUAGGCUGUGCAGUGGAGGAAGUGACUGAGGUUGCUGUUCCUGAUGCAGAAGUUCCACUUGACGUAGAAGCGCCUGUGCUUGUAGGCUGUGCAGUGGAGGAAGUGACUAAGGUUGCUGUUCCCGAUGCAGAAGUUCCACUUGACGUAGAAGCGCCUGUGCUUGUAGGCUGUGCAGUGGAGGAAGUGACUGAGGUUGCUGUUCCCGAUGCAGAAGUUCCACUUGACGUAGAAGCGCCUGUGCUUGUAGGCUGUGCAGUGGAGGAAGUGACUGAGGUUGCUGUUCCCGAUGCAGAAGUUCCACUUGACGUAGAAGCGCCUGUGCUUGUAGGCUGUGCAGUGGAGGAAGUGACUGAGGUUGCUGUUCCCGAUGCAGAAGUUCCACUUGACGUAGAAGCGCCUGUGCUUGUAGGCUGUGCAGUGGAGGAAGUGACUGAGGUUGCUGUUCCUGAUGCAGAAGUUCCACUUGACGUAGAAGCGCCUGUGCUUGUAGGCUGUGCAGUGGAGGAAGUGACUGAGGUUGCUGUUCCCGAUGUCGAAGCUAAUGAGAAGUUCCACUUGACGUAG